UAAUUCACGAUGGGCUGACAACACCAUUGUGCUACAUGUAGCAAAGGUCAUCAAGAAACACCCUAAUAAUGAGUAUAUUUAAAAGACAACCUAAACUGUUUGAGCUGGACAUUCGCCAUCAGAGCUUCACUCCGGCAACACAGGCUCCAGUCCUGACGCCAUGUCCCUGUGCUUUUCAGCUGCAUCCUGUCGCCUUGGCUCGUGUGGGGGCUCUGCAAGGUUCUCUAGUGGCGGCGCAGGCUUCUGGGGCUCAUCUGCAGGAGGCUGUGGCGGGGGACUGGGCGGGGGAAAUACUCCCUGUGCCGCCUUCACCGGGAAUGAGCACGGACUCCUCUCUGGCAACAAGAAGGUGACUAUGCAGAACCUCAACGACCGCCUGGCGUCCUACCUAGAGAAUGUGCGAGCACUAGAGGAGGCCAACGCCGACCUGGAGCAGAAGAUCAAGGGGUGGUAUGAGAAAUUUGGGCCUGGUUCUUGCCGCGGUCUUGAUCAUGAUUACAGCAAAUACUUACCAAUAAUUGAGGACCUUCAGAACCAGAUACUUUCUGCAACUACAAGUAAUACCAAUGUUGCCCUGCAAAAUGAUAAUGCAAGACUAACAGCUGAUGACUUCAUACUAAAGUUUGAAAAUGAACUGGCCCUUCACCAGAGCGUCCAGGCGGAUAUCAACGGUUUGCACAGGGUCCUGGACGAGCUCUCCAUGUGCAGGACAGACCUAGAGUCACAACUGGGAACUCUGAGUGAGGAGCUGGCUUACCUCAAGAAGAACCACCAGGAGGAAAUGAAGGCUCUGCAGUGCGCAGCGGGAGGCAACGUGAACGUGGAGAUGAACGCGGCCCCCGGGGUGGACCUCACGGUUCUGCUGAACAACAUGCGAGCUGAGUACGAAGGCCUGGCUGAGCAGAACCGCAGGAACGCCGAGACCUGGUUCAACGAAAAGAGCGCAUCGCUGCAGCAGCAGAUUUCACAUGACGUCGGCGCCACCACCUCAGCGCGGAAAGAACUUACUGAGAUGAAGCGUACCCUGCAAACCCUGGAGAUUGAACUUCAGUCCCUUUUAGCAAUGAAACACUCCCUGGAGUGCUCCUUGACGGAGACCAAAGGCAAUUACUGUGAGCAGCUCGCACAGAUCCAGGCUCAGAUCAGGGCCCUGGAAGAGCAGCUGCACCAGGUCAGAACCGAGACCGAGGGCCAGAAACUCGAGUACGAGCAGCUGCUGGACAUCAAGGUCCACCUGGAGAAGGAGAUCGAGGCCUACUGCCGCCUGAUAGAGGGAGAGGAUGGCUCCUGUGUUAAAUCAAAAGGCUAUGGAGGAAAUCAGAUAACAGAUUCAUCCAAAACCAGCAUCGUUAAAACAGUCCUUGAAGAAGUAGAUCCUCGGGGCAAAGGUCUCUCAUCCAGAAUUCACACAAUGGAUGACAAAUCCACCAGAGUCAACAUCAAGAAUGAACAAAGAGUUCCUUCCUGAAGUCCAGCCCAUAAAAGGGAGCAGCUCUAAAUUAAAAUACCAAAUUAAAACUACAUUUCUGAAGAAGGGCCCUCUUAUUUUUCUGCUAUUCUUCCUAUGAAUUAAGACAAACUUGUUAGAAUAGUAACAUUUCUCUCAUUUUCUUUAUGGUGAUAUUUCAAUAAAAGU